AGAUGACCUCUCGAGGUCCCAUCCAGUUCUGUGAUUCUUCUUCUUCUUCUUGAAAAAUCCUAAUAAUUUUAAUAGGUAAGAAUCCAAUUAUAUACUACAGAUAUUAAUUUGUGUUUUCAACAAAAUAGUCUAGAACAACUGACAGAGUGUAAUUAUUUUUAUAGAUUUGGCCACAUGUCCAGCUAUUGUAAAUUGGCCAUAGAUUCAUUGCAACCAGUCUGCCUGAUCCCAUGCUUGUGUGACACAGCUGUAGCUCUAUUGAAGUCAUAAGACCAGAUUGCAGAGAAAGAAUAAAUUCCUCUAUAGCCUGGUGACUUGAACACUCCCCACACAUGCAGAAGACCAAGUAUCCAGUAACCCUGCACUGCCUCUUUUAUGAUGUAUCCACAGAGGUACAGCUUCAAGAGGAGUGACUGAGGGAGCCCCACAUCAGACAAACCCUUGGUCAGAGCUGAGCAGGGUAUUUGUGAAUACCUGUAGGACCUGAUUCUGGGACUUAGGCAUGUAAAGUGGUGGUUCAGUGCCCAAGUCUUUUUGUGUAUCCAGCCUAAUUUGUCUAUUUAAAAUACACAAAUACCAUCUCUCUUUCUCUCUCUCUCUAAAUUUAGUAUAGUUAAAACACACAUUUUACAGAAUGGAACAGGUCUCUCUUUACAUUCAGCCUAUGGAACAGAUGAUCUCCACAUACUAUUUUAAUUUAUUUUUAUGGUAAGUGUUAAUUUCAUUUUUUUUCUCAUCUUCCAGAUCACAGAUUUUCUGAAUAAUUGACAAUGAAUAAUCAAACCACAGUGACUGAAUUUAUCCUCCUGGGACUUUCCAGUGACCCACAGAUGCAGAUUUUCCUCUUUCUCCUUUUUUCACUUAUUUAUCUAAUCAGUCUGGGUGGUAAUAUAGUGAUCAUGGUGGUGAUAAGAGCUGAUUCUCACCUUCACACCCCUAUGUACUUCUUUCUCUUCCAUUUAUCCUUUGUUGAUAUCUGCUAUUCCUCAGUCACGAUGCCUAAAAUGCUGAUAAACUUCCUAGCAGAGCACAAAACUAUUUCUGUCAAUGGAUGCCUUGUCCAGAUGUUCCUUUUUAUCCUCUCAGCUGGUGCUGAAAUUUUCAUUCUCUCAGCCAUGGCUUACGACCGCUAUGCUGCCAUCUGUGAUCCAUUACAUUAUGUGCAGACAAUGAGCAAAGGGAUCUGUAUUCAGCUGGUAAGUGGUGCAUGGACCAUGGGCUUCUUCUAUGCCCUUCUUAACACACUUUUUGCCCUCAAGUUGCAUUUCUGUGGGCUCAAUCAAAUCAACCAUUUCAGCUGUGAGCUUCCUCCACUGUUACAGCUGUCCUGCACUGAGACUUUUACUAAUCAAGUGGUCCUUCUUACUUCUGCUGUGGUAUUAGGGUUGAGCUCCUUCCUCCUCACCCUGAUCUCCUACAUUCACAUCAUCUCCACCAUCCUGAGGAUACGCUCUGCAGAGGGCAGGCAUAAAGCCUUCUCCACAUGCAGCUCCCACCUUAUCGUGGUUGGCUUGUUGUACGUGACAGGUUUUCUCCAGUACACAAAACCCAGCUCAGUCUCCUCUGUGGUGCUGGAUGAAAUAUUCUCCAUCCAGUACAGCAUCUUGACCCCCAUGUUAAAUCCCAUCGUCUACAGCCUGAAAAACAAGGAGGUGAAAACAGCUCUAAGGAAUAUAUUGGGGAAAUUCAGGUUUCUCAGUUAGUGUUGAUUCUCUCACUUCUUUAAAGUCAGAAAGCACAGAUUUGUGGGUAACUAGUGUUUGGGACAUUCUCAGCUCAGAUAACUGAAUGACACUUUGGGCAAAAUCCUCCACAGCUCCAGUGUAGAUCCAUUGAAGUUAAUUGUCCAGAUCCUUAGCAUGUGUAAAUCAGCAUAGCUGCAUUGGAACUAAUGGAUGCUGGAGUUAGACCCACAAAGGGUCUUGAACAGGAGAAAUUGAGAGAUAUCCCAUAACGCAGUGGCCAAGGCAUUCACCUGGGAGGGGACAGAUCUCUGUUUCAAUCAUUUCUCCUCAUCAGACACUUGAAGCGGGGGCCUCCCACAUUUGAGAUAAGUACCAUAACCACUGGGAUAAAAGUUAUGCUGGAGCUCCUCUUCCUAAUUCUGUCUUCUUGUUUCCACAAAAUCAAAUGGAUAUAACUGGCCAUGAACAAAUUCAGGCUGGAAAUUAGAGAAAGGUUUCUCACCCUCAGAAGCAUGAGGUUCUGGAACAAACUUCUAAUAGGAGUUGUAGAGAUGCACAACUUAAUUAGUUUUAAGAAAGUGUUGGAUAAAAUUAUGACAGUGUGAUGGAGUGGGGCAGGGCUCAGCAACCCUGGUGCUUACUUCUGGUUUAUG